AUGAUUGGAAUCGCCGGGGGCUCUAAUAUGGAACAUGAGACAAAAUCAAGUAUUAUGGAGAUUAAUUCAGCAUCUGGUUCAAGUGGUAAAACCUUGAAACAGAUACUAGAGUUCCUCAAUUAUGAAAAUCUUGACGAUCUUAACCGUGUUAGUGCGCGUAUAAUCGAGGAACUAAUUCAAGGUGAGAUUGGUGUUAAUGAAGAAGGUCCCAAACUAUGUUUUGUCAGCGGCAUUUGGGCCACAAACAGGUAUGCCCUUAAUCCUGUCUUUAAGGAGACAGUGAUGGGAACAUAUAAAGCAGAAGUUGAGUCUGUUGAUUUCGAACAGAGCGAAGUAGCUCGGUCGAACGUGAACAAAUGGGUCGAAAGAAAUACAAAUGGCUUAAUUAAGGGCAUCCUUACCGAGGGAUCUAUCGACAGCAAGACAGUGGUUUUAGCCGCAAAUGCACUCUAUUUCAAAGGAUCAUAG